AUGACUUUGGAAGAAAGACUUGUCCAGCAACCACUGGCGCAUGUUCACUCCACUAUCAAGGUUCUGGCAAUGUGGGGGCUGAUUGAAUCUAUCCCAUGGACAACAGGAGAUAGACAUCAUCGCUCGCGAACAACGUCUCUUGCUGUAAGGUUGCGCUCCCGUUUUCCGCCAACCUCUUCCAGUGAAUCAGAUCCCGUUGCACUUCUCGAUCGUUCUAUUCACCUAUUCAUCCUCAUUCAACUACGCAUGCAUCUCGCUGUCAAACGCAUAUUGAUCAAUGAGAAAUGUUACAGGUCCGCUUCUGCUUGGACAACGGAGCUGUCAGAGUCCAGAAAUGACUACGCACAUUUACGGGUUACACAACAUUUUGCGAAAACUACAAAAAAUUACAAACUUCAAGAAUGAACAAAAGACUAUGUCCUCAACAACGGAUGUGUAUGCAUCGGCGAUCAGAUGCCCAAGCAAAUUAAUGUGAAUAUGACUCUGGGAGACUUGAAAUGUGAAUCAAUGUUCGCAAGGUCAAUCUGGCCCGACGCAUGUUCCGCAACUCCAAAAGAUUUCAGUUCUGCUCUUCAUAUCCUCAAGGGUUAG